CCGCGAAACCUGAAACUCUAGCCGUUCGUUGACGUUAGCUGCAUCAAAAAAGAAGAGGCGACACCAAGAAGAUUCAUAACAUCGGAUGAUUGAAUUGAUUCAAAAACAGACAACCUUCAACAAUUCAUCCUUAUCCGCUUGAUCUUCCCAAUUAUCAUCAUUUGUAAAUAAUUUAAUAAGAAAAAAGAAUAAGAACAAUACAUUUAACUUCAUCAUCCAAUUGAAGAAGAACAUCAACAACAAGUAUUCAAUAACGAGUAUUAUGAUCAUAAUAAGUGGAACGCGGGCAGAUGAUUUCGAUCUGAUACCCAUGAGUCUCUCAGAUAGUGGAGACACAACAUCAAUGAGGAGUUAUGUUAUUCAGAAUCGAGCACUUCGUUCCAAUUCUUUACAACCUUCAUCACCCUCAUCGUUUAGUCCUCAGUUUCCAAAUAAUCAAAGCAACUAUUCAACUAAUAGUACCACUUCGACAAUGAGUGGUUCCAACUCAAAUACAUCUAAGAGAAAUUCCUCACUUUCGCAUCUGUGUUAUUCGCAAGAGUUUGUGGAGAAUCAUUUGAAGAGUACAGCAGAGAUGGCAAGUCAGUUUGAAAUACGAAAAGUGCUCUUGAUAGGUGCUUGUAGAAUGUUUAAAGAUUUUCUAUUGAAUUAUAAGAAGGGCAAGUCAGAUGAUGUCACUGGUUUUAUUCGAGUCAAGAUUGAGUUUAUUAGAACUGAAUGUAAAAAGCUGUCCUUAUUGGCAGAGACAAUAUAUAUAACUACUCCUUCUCAUCACAGAAAAAUGGAGUGCUGUUGUAAUGUCAUUUCACAAAUGGAUAUUAUUAAUGAGAUUGUUGAUAAUCUCACUAAGAUUGAACGAGAUGCAGAGUGUCUUCACUCAACCCUGAAACAGGGUGUUUCAAAGUCAUUUCGGUCUAAUUCUUUGGUAUCGUUUUCGUAUGAUUUCCAAAGAGCUUCCACAGCACUGGAAGCUGUAGAUGAAUUACCCUUAGAAAAAGGAAUCACCCUGCUUCUCCUUAGAAGAAAUCUCGAGAGGAGAACUAAUCGAAUGCUCACCAAUACUCUCCUAGACCCAAUCUCAACCAAAGAAGACGAGCAAGCCGACAAGUUGUACCUGCAGGAAGAAAUAGGACUCCUUCCCAAAGAAUUUCAAACCACUCUUAAUCGUUUCUACAUGGCUCAACGAGGUGGCUCUUUCUGUUCACUCACUGACUUGAUUCCAGACGAUUCCUUUGAAGAUUAAAUAAAUUGCAUUGCUCUUCAACUCU